AUGGAUGACUUCCUAGAUACUUCUGGAAUUGAUAUGAAUAACAAUUCAAAUCUUUCCAUUUAUAUCCAAUUGAUUACCUUCAGAAAAGGCUCGGCGGAUGAAAUAGUCAUUGAUGCACGAGAGGAUUGCCAAGUCGAUACUGCUCGAUGUCUGUCGAAACGACUAGAUUUUCGAUUUCGCUAUGCAUAUGAUACUCGCAAAGUCACUAUCACCCGGAAUUCAUCUCUUCAUAAUUUUGAGUUGCCCGAUUUGGACAAUUAUCAGACUGAUUUGCAAGGAUCGUUUUAUCAUGAUUUCAUCAUUGAUGCUGGAGAUUCAAACAUGGACGUGGACAUUUCCGCGUACCAAGAUCUCUUAGCACCACUACCUGAGUUCUUGGGUGAUUUCGAUGUAUUUGCACAAAACAUGGGACUUUCAGAUGAGCGAUCAGCCGACGUGCUACUGAAUGAUUUGAAUCCGAACAACGACACCUUUGAUACUUCUACAAAUGGCUUUCAGAUCGAGCAAGAUCGCGAUGAGAGGUUGCCAGACUGGAUUGACCUGGUAAAUAUCGUGGAUCAAGAGGACUUCGAUCCGGACACCAACAUGCUGGAUGACACUCGACGCGACAAUAGUACCUUGGAGAAUGCACAUGAAUCAUGCGAAAGUGUUCAAUUGGUAACGGAUACUGCAGUUGCCAGCGGAAUUCAGAACUCUGUAACCGAUAUACCAGCAUGGAGACACACACCUCCAGCUCAUGUGGCGGUACUAGACGUACCAACACCUCGACUUCUUAGUCCUGUAGAGCCGGUCCAUAGUGUGCCAUCAAAGAAUCAACAGUCACAAGGAAUUGACAUUGUUAUCAAACCUAACCUGGAUCAAAGCGAUUCUAGCCUCGGCAAUACAUCAUCAAGUUAUAAAGAAGGUGUUUUUAGUUCGACGCCUGGUUUUUCGAGUAUGCCAACUACUUAUGGAUCGUCACCCCGUCGUAUGGGCCCUUUGGACUCCGCCACACGUGCCAAAGCAAAUGCUGUAAAAGCUAUAGGGGCUUGUUGGCGUUGUAAGUUCUUACGAAAGCCAUGUGAUGCACAAACCUGUUGCAGUCAAUGUAAAGGGAAGCAGGGUGGACAGUGGCACAGUAUUGGGUGCAAACGGGGAGAUAUCAAAAACAAAAUGUUGCCGGUAUCAUUGUGUCCUAAAAGAACCAUGCAAGCAUCGAUUCCAUCCGAAUUAUCAGAAAUUUAUAAGCCAUGGCUUUCUGCAAAUCGAUGUCGCCUCGAGAUCUCCGAGUGUCGCGAAAGGGGUUUACGUCCCGAGAUUAUGAGCGCAUCACACCCCACGAAAAUUGGGCGAUUUCUUCAAAAUUUGGCGACUGAUAGGCAGCUAGCAAUUGAUCUACAGCGAAACAGAUGGUCCUUGUUAGAAAGAUUCAAAGAUACUGCACCAGCUAUGUUGGAGCCGCUUGAUGAUUGUAUCUUGACUAUAGUAUGGGGACUUCUCAAUUGUGAAAGUGCAGCAAAAGCAGUUCAUCCCUGGAUGGCAUUACACAAUGGGACCCUUGAAGAUUUUGUAUUACUCUUAAAUUCUGCUGCUGUAUAUCAAGUAAGUUUUGAAAGUAAUCAACUAAUCGCUCACUCGCUCACCUGCCUUCGGACUUGUGUCGAAGCUCUACACGUUAAUACAUUGGGCGGCUUCAAAGAUUCCCAUGGAGCAUGCGAAUUAGCUACUUGUAAGAUCGAUUGCAUACGGGAUCUCGAACUACAAGUAGAACAGUACCUUGAUGAACUAUCUCGGGUUAUUUUUCUGAAAGAAAACAUGCGAAACCGAUCCUGGUGGCUGUCAGCAUUCUAUAGUCUUUGUAUUCAAGGGGUGAUUCGACAAGCAUUAAUAUUAUUAUCCUCUAACGACCACAGCGAGACAUCUGGAAUUGAGAAGUUGACUUCUACGCAGUAUUUAUACAUUGCGAUUCGGUUAUUCUCUGCGAGUUCCGGCACCCAUGAUCCGUUAAUUCAAGACUGGUCUUCGCAAAUUGCGUUUCGGUCUGCUGAAGUCGGAGCACCAAGCAUCGAAGAUUACCAAAAUGCCCAAUCAGCAAUCAAUCAAUCCCAGUGGAAAAUUAGGGGUAUCAAGAAGUCUGGGAAUUAUCUGAAGAAACUAUUUGAAGACAAUGGAGGUGCUCUUGCAGAACCCCAUGAUUGUGGAACACUCACCAUUUUACCCGAACCAUAUCUUCCGAAAAUAUUUACACUAGAAACUUGUCGUCAACUUCGCGCCGACUGGGACUUAGCUCGAUGCAACUAUACGAAGAAUUUGUUACAAAUCGUCAAGGAUUGUGGACAUGACUCAAAAGCGUACACUGAUGCUGAAGGGAAAUGGGGAUUGGUGGAGGCUGAGUGGAAAAGGGUAAAUGAUGAGGCUAUGACGAACACUGUCAACCAAGCGCACAAUGGCCGCGAAGCACCGAAGCCUCUCAUUCCAGAGACAUAG